AUGGCAUCUGCGUUCGUCCAGUUGGUGACAAACCCUUCAAGGCCUGGGCCUUCGGUUCCAAGUCCGCCUGAACAUCCACAGACGCCAGAAGUGGCGGAGACGCCACCGCGUAUCGAAGCUAACCCGGACGUGGGCUUUGAAGAUGACGACGAUGCCGACUCGGCAAUCGACGCCGCGAGCGUUGUCUCGUCUACUGCAUCGCUGUCGGAAAGCAUGUUCGACUACCGGAAACUGCACGGCCGAACAUAUCAGAACAGCAAGACAACCGAAUACUGGGCUCCGAACGACGAGCAGCAGAACGACGGGCUUGAUAUGAUUCACAACGCUUUGUUGAUGGUGCUGGACGAUGAGCUGUACCUCGCGCCGAUCGGCAACAACCCGCAACGAGUGCUCGAUGUCGGCACCGGGACGGGAAUCUGGGCGAUUGACUUCGCGGACCAAUAUCCGGAUGCCGAAGUUGUUGGCACCGAUAUUAGCCCAAUCCAACCGACUUGGGUCCCGGCUAACCUCCGCUUCGUCAUCGACGACUGUCUUCUCGAGUGGAUGUGGCCAGAGAACCACUUCGACUUCGUCCACCUCCGAUGUCUUUACGGGAGCAUACCAGACUGGGAAGGACUGUAUCGCUCAGCGUACCGACAUCUGAAGCCAGGCGGUUGGGUCCAAAACCUAGAGUUCGACGUCAACAUCCAGUCAGAUCACGUCGACCUUCCGGAGGAUCACAUAUUCCACGAGUGGAGGCGUAUUUUCGACGAAGGCGGGGCCAAGAUGGGACGCUCUUUUUCUAUUGCCAGAGGACACACCAUGAAGCACAAUAUGGAGGCGGCCGGCUUCGUGGAUGUCGUGGAGAGGAAGAUCAAGGUUCCCAUGCACGGGUGGCCCAGGGAUGAUAGAUUACAGCACGCGGGAUAUCUAAUCCAGAUGGCGUUUGACCAGAGUCUCGAAGGAUUCGCCACCUUCUUGAUGACGGAGAUCCUGGGAUGGGAUCCACGAGAGGCAACUGUCCUUGGAGCCCAAAUGAGACGAGAGAUCAGGAAAAAGUCCAACUACUGCUGGUGUGAGACUACUAUCGUCUACGGCCGCAAGCCUUUCAACCCUUAA